GGAUUCAUCACCUCAGCACGUGAUUCGAGGCUCCACUCGUCGACUCUUUCAAAAGAAAGUCGGAUCAACUGAGAGAUUAUCAUUGUCAGGACUAACACAGCCCAUCAAGCCUCCUGUCGUUUCCAAACUGAAACUGAACUUAGGAUUUGGUUGCGCGGUUUAUUUUUGUAAGUCGGUACGUUCCGGCGUGCUUCUGGUAUUCGGAAAUAAUAUGUCUAGCACUUAAGAAUGCGUAAAGAAUUAUUUUGAAGCUUUUACUGUCCUUGGGCAAUUAUAACUAACACAAGUGAUAGCCCCUCUAAUAGCAGUAAACGGACCGACUGAAGACAAAUUUAUCUGUUUAUUUGAUCUACUCAUGGACUCCAAGCGCCCUAAAUUAUGUUCUCUGGAAACUGAUAAUGCUGACAAUGAAGUGGAUAUCCUUCAACCCAGAGAAGUUGGAAUCACUACGUUCGUACAACCUUUAGUUCAAGGUUUUGACGCAACGUUGAAAAAUAGAUGGGAAGACUUCAUUGUCCGUGAAUUUAGAGGUCAAAAUUAUGCAAAGCUUACUGAUUUAGCACCAAUUCCGGAUCCUACUCCUGAAGCUUAUGAUUUUAAUAUGGAAAAGAAACUUGAAGUUCAUUUGUCUGGACUUCAAAAUUUGAGCCGUGGUGAUAGUGAAGUAUUAAAAAUUAAAGCCCCAGAUUAUAAAGCAGACAGAACACAGAUCCACCAAGCAAUACGUGCAUUAUUCCCAUCACUUGAAAGCACGACAUCAAAAGACGGCAAUGAAAAUAUAAUUGUUGUACAUCGAAAAGACCAUCCUGAAGCCAAAGGUUCACGACAUUCUAAAAGAAAAGCCAAUGGUAUGUCUAAAAGUGCACCAUACUGCCAUUUUGUACUUUACAAGGAGGGUAAAGACACACUUAGUGCUAUCCAAGUUCUCAGUCGUUUCCUACAUGUUGGACCCAGUAUAUUUUCAUUUGCUGGUACGAAAGAUCGUCGAGCAAUUACCACACAAUUUGUUACAGCGAAAGGUAUAAAUUCGAAAACACUAUCAUUGCUGAAUGCACGGCUUCAUGGCUUACGUUUAGGCAAUUUUUCAUACGUUUCUUCUCCUCUGUUUCUCGGAGAUUUAGAUGGAAAUCAGUUUGUAGUUGUGCUAAGAUCGGUGUGUGCACCAAGAUCCGUCGUUGAAACUUCAGUCGGGACUUGGAAAAACACUGGUUUUGUGAACUAUUACGGUCUUCAAAGAUUUGGACAUUCUUCCAAAUCCAAAAGUUUCGAAAUUGGAAAAUAUCUUAUUCGUUCGAAAUGGGCAGACGCUAUUGACCUUAUCUUGAAACCAACUUAUGCAGAUUUACCUUUUCUUAGAAAAGUUAAAGAAAAAUUCUUACAAUCCGGUGAUGCAAAGGGUUGUGCUGACGAUUGUCCAUUGGGUAUAGAAAAAACUUUACUGUUAGGUAUUGCGAAGUAUGGCAAAACUUUGGAUGCCAUCCAAAUGGUAUGUCUAUGUAGAACACAGUUAAAUGAUACUUUUUAAUCAAACUAUGAUCUUUUGUUUAUCUAUGCUAAAUUAUAAAAUCAAUUACCUACUAAUCUUAUAAACAGUUAUUUAUGUCCCAGGAUAUGUGGCUUUCAGUAUUAGAUUGAGAUUCUAAUUCUUUAAACACUGUCACCCCUUUUACCACUAAAAUUUAUUUCUAGUCUAGAUUUUCUAACUACAGAUUAACACCGAAUGUGUUUAUCUCAUAAUAUUAAGAAGUUAGUUCGACGUAUAGCCUCCAUAUAAAUUUGUAGUGCAAUAUAGCACUCAUCUAAGUAGUCUCAUGCUGAAAGACCUUAAAAUACAGCUUUCACACUUUUCUAUCGUCCUAUAAAAACGGAUCAAAUUAUUUUAUGAGGGAUCCAUAAAAUUGUUCUGAUGAGGCCACAUUUAUGUGCAAUUAUUUUAAUCCAGUUUGGACUGAAAGAUUGAAAAACACAAAACCACAGAAUUAAAAUGUAUUAGGUUUUAAUUGCUGUAGGUCUUUGAUUCUACAUUAAAAACGUUAUAACUUGUUUGUUUCCAAAAUAACGAAAACCAAAUCACUGAAAGGAAAUUCUAAUGGUUCAUUAUUUAGCAUAAUACAGGAAGACUUUUCUAUCCGUCAAUACCACAAGCAACUAACAUUUUGUAGCAAGAUUUAGGUUAACUGACAAUCUAAAUUAAAGUUUUCCAUUUAUCUGCACUACUUCCUAUAGCAUACUCAUUCAAUAUAGUAACUCUACUUAAAGUUGUGAUUUGUUUGGGUAAACAAGGAUUAUCUCCACCUAAUUCUUCUGUUGUAACCGAUUAGUGCCACAACCAGGAUAUUGCUCAACUCAGAGUUCGUACACCUCUACUUAGCAAAUAAGUUACAUUUAGUCAAUCAUGUAAUAAGUUUCAGGAAAAGUUGAUUCUAUUCUAUCAAUUAGUAGUAAUCAGUUAAUCUUUUUACUCUAUUUUGAUUUUUAUACUAAUAAAUGAAUUGUUUCUUAAUUAGUGUCCAUACCGCACAACACUUUAAUGACGUUUUAAUCUAUUAGUCAAAAAAGUUUGUAUUAAAUUUGCGAAACAAAUAAGUUUUUCUUUCUAUUUGCAUAUACGCAUAUAAAAGGUGCUAAAAAUGUAAUUGUUGGAGUGGCGAUAAUAAUAGUACACAUUGUUCACAGUAUUGUAAACACCAGUUAUACUAGACCGUGACCUAGAACUUUUGCCAUCUUGAUAUUUCUUUUGUUGAAACACAACGUAAUAUCAUGGGAAAUAUUGAUCGCACUGAAUGGUGUGGUACAAAUAAUAUUACUGUAUAAAGAUACAAAAACCAGUGUGUAAUUUUAUAAGUAGGAAGAAGUACAGACAAGAAUACAUUUCGAAAUUCAUUAUAUACUGCUUUACGCAACAGUUUGAUUGGAAGUCUUGAUUCCUUAAAUGCCCUGGUAUAGUUGAAAGUGAAGAGAAUCCAUUCUCCCUCCAGAACACUCUCAUGCACCCUUAUAUUUAAAGCCUCUACUAGGGACAUUCUAUUAACUUCGUUCACUAGGAAGGGGUGUUUUUUGCGAGUGUAAGGACAAAAAACGAACAUUUAGCCCUUCCGUUGCAACCAAGUAUCAAACUCAUUUAGGUUCAAUGAUAUCUACCAAUCCCCCGAUAAGUGUAGGCAAGUGUUGGUUGUGUUUUCAUGAUCCUCUAAAAUAGCUGACCAUAUAGCUUGCGGCUUCGCUACACCUAGUCUUCAGAAGGAGGACUCCAUUAAGCAAAUUGGAGAUGACGGUACCGGAAGUCGGUAUUGGUUUAAAGUAAGUUGUGAUCUUCACAAAGUUGUAAGAAAUAGUCAUUAUCAUCUGAAAUGCGACCAUCGGGUCCUCACUGGUCGCCCAAGCGACUCCCCUCUGUGCCUAGACUCCUGAAGCGUGUAAUUAAAUCUCCGGCUAGCACUACAAAAUCUGUCAUAUUUGGUGGCACCAUUCAUUAAUUCGAUCAUUCAACGACUUGAGACCAUUUUGACAGGAUAUAGCUUUCAAUGGAGGCGAGUUGUUGAGUUAGUUAAAAAAUAAACAUGCACGUAAAGUGAGGAAUACAAAGAGGACGCGGUAUAAAGUAAAUUUGUGUGUAACCAAAUAAUUGUGAAUACUGAUUGCGUGCAGAGCGAGCACAUUUUCGUCAAUAGUAAUCACCAUAGCCUUUGUGUAGUAUAGUCAAAAGCUUCGUCCAUAAAUCUGUAUCUGACAAAUGAGUUAUAUUAUUAUUAUUAAAUGUGAUAUCUAAUUAUUAAUGCCUAUACUAUAUCUUAUUCUGUUUUGAUUUAAGGUCUUACAUAAAAUGUAUGGAUGAGAUCGACAACCUAACUUAAUUUAUUAAAAUCCAAUUAUUAUUGUUGUUAAACUGUAUCUUUCAUUUUAAAGCCAACUGUAAAUAACUUUUAGCAUACAGUAAUCACAUCAUUUACGUUCUGUUCUAUAAUUAGCUUGGCAGAGUUAUCCAAAGAAUAUUGAAAUAAACAUACUUUGUUGGCUAAGUCAUAUGGAAUACUUUCGGAGACAUGGGUUCGUGUACAUCUGUGGAUUAAAAGACUAAAUAAUGAAUUUAAUUUCUAUUCUUCAUGAAUUUUAAUCAUAAAUUACUAUACAUCUUUCAUAUAUUUAUUCUUCCUCGGAAAAAUAACCACUUUUAGCUUCCUCGAAACCUUCGCCAACUCUAUGUACAUAGUUAUCAAUCUUUCUUAUGGAACCAUGUGGCAAGUCUACGUAUGACUCGUCAGAAUCCUGGUGACUUUUUCGCUAAGCCUGGUGAUCUUUAUUAUAAUGAUCAGAAUGUAAUAACUACAGAUAAUUAUGAAGAUGGUAUGUUGUUUGUCAACAUAUAACAUAUUUAUUUUUAGAAGCUAUUUAUUUAAGGUCAGUGUUCAUCAUGCAUAGAUAUCAGUUAAGAAAUCAAUUUUGAAAACCAACUUGCGCAUGAUAAUUAUUUAGUUUGGAACUUAUCUACUAUGUAUAUUACCCACUUUUCCUACAGUUAAACUUUUACUAAAACCUUAUUACUAUCUACUCAGUCGUUCAUUUCUUAAAUUCAACCAAUCUAUUAUAGGCGAUUAUUCGACGCCGUCAACAGCGAUAAAUAAUAGAUUAUAUUGAUUUCAACCAAAGAUAUGUACAUUGCAAUAAUAAAUGUCUGUCAUCCUUAUGAUGACUUCAUACAUAAAGAGUGUAGCUCAUAAUCAACUACCGAAUCCAGUAGUUAGUAAAUUAGUUGCAAUAAUAAAUUUGUAUGCCUCAAUAAAUUUCUUUUAAAUACUAAAUAAAUCAAUAUUUGGUACAUUUUCAUUUUAGAUAUUAACUUCGACGAAUCUGUGUUAGAAACAGACAACUCCUCAAUAUCAUCGGCGAAUUCUCUCCCAUCAUCUAAAUUAUCAUUCAUACAUCCACUAGUAGUUGGAGAAAAUGAAAAAAUCCCUUUAAAUUCAGUUGUACUUCCUGUUCCUGGUUACGCUGUACAAUAUCCUAAAAAUAAUAGUAAAUGAAGUUUUUAUCUGUUUUUUAUAUUGUACAACUCUGCAUUUACAUAUUUGCUUGAAUAUUAGAUCUAAUAUUCCUUUAUAUCAAGCCCAAUACAUGAUUCGAGUACAUGUGACAUUAAAAAUGAACUACUUACAAAAUUUGAGUCUCCUUGAUGUGUAUAUGCUUAAACACAUAGUUCUUGUCCUUUGUUGGAGAAUAAUAGAGAUGGCUGUUGUCAAGAUUCCUCAAGUAGUUCCUCAGCUUUCUUGAUGUGUUCUUUUUUGUCCAUAAUCACUAUGGUGCGUUCUUUGUCCGCUGGAACUAUGACAAUAUCUUUUCUAGUUCUGAGUUGCUCUAAAGCUUUUUGUUCUUGUGGGGUCCGUUGUUUGUUGUCCUUCAUCCGUUGAGUUAGCGGUACUUAAGGACAAGAGCACAUACAAACUUGUGGAAAUGAUAGGGAGAUUUCAGCAUGUAACCUGACAUUAUUAUACUCGCUUUGUAGUUAGCAGUGGAAUCCAGGACGUACGUCCUGCCCCAUCUAGGACUAGUCAUCUGGAUGCACCUGUUAAUGCUAAGACUCAAGCCCAGUGAAGGACUUUUAGAAUACUAACCCGUUAUUCUUUAAGCUACUGAAUUCAGACAGGCACUAACUUGGUAAACAAGUAUAAUUUUUAUUCGUAAGGGUUUUCGUCAUGUUAAAAAUAGGUGAUACUACGUUACCUUAAAUGUAGUUCAAUACAAGACCUUUGAGUGAAACGUGAUGGAAUAUGAUCAAUGUAUGACAGACAGUCAUAAUGAUAAAAACAUUUCACCAAAUAAAGUUCUGUAAGUUUCCGUAUUUCUGAUUUAUCUUUGGUGGUCAAUUUAUUUCUUUAUUUCAAUGUCGAUUAAUGAACCAAGUGAGAAAGAGUUAUCUGAUAAGUUUCUUGUCUCAGUAGCUCAUUUUAAAGUGAUGUAUCCGUCAGGCUAGUAACCGAUAUAAAAAAUAACUUAUUUUAUACUUACCUACUCAAUCGACAACUUCCUCUGAACACGUGAUAGCAAAUUCAAUACCCUCCUCUCGAUCCAAACAUUUUUUAGACUUAGAAAAGCUUAAUUUUGCCUUGGUACUCCUUUCAACUCUUGAAUUACAUAAAGUAAUUCAACUAAAACCUUUAUUGCUUUCUCAUAUAAGUACAAAUUCUACACGAUCAUUAUACAAUUACUAUUUGCUUAUUCACAAUAAUUGAUUUAGGCGCUGAUUGGUAUACCGAAUUACUAAAAGAAGAUUGUUUGACAGUCAAAGAUUUCAGUCAUUCAGUUAAGUAAGUCUAAUUCUCUAAUAUUUUUUUCGUGUAAUCCUGAUUUUUGUAUACUUUUUACACUAGAUAUUAAAUAAUUAUUAUCAGUGAGAUGUCCUCACAAUAACAUACUCCUUUCUAAUUUCGUAUAACCCUUUUUAAGUCAUUGUAUUUGUAAUCUUAAGUUCCACAGAUUAAAUCUCCGAACUAGACCAUUGAAGUGAUAACACAUAAUGAAGAUUAAACACACUCAACUAUUUAUUAAACCAAAUGAAUAUCGUAUAUAUGUGAAUCAAAAGUUUUCUACCCACUCAGUUGCAGCAACUAUUUUACUCACCUAUCAUUUAUGAGAUGGAUGAAUACUAAUGCCAUCGUCUCUAAUUUCGUCGGAGUGCAAACAAUGGGGGGGGAUGUUAGCAACUGUGAUGUCUUCGUUUUCCUCUUUUUCCAGCAUAGCAAUAAGCUUUAAAUUUUUUAUACCAUUCAUAAUUAUUCAGUCAAAGCAAAUCUAAGACAGGUUUGUUGGACCCAAAGUUCGAUCCCCAUAAUGAUUUGCGAUUUAUUGGCAAUGACCGCUCCAUCUGUCAAUUUUUUUUACUUCCAUCUCAAUGUACAUGUAGAAUCUGUAUUUUAGCGAAAUUUCAUUGUUGUUGUAGAGAUUUUGCACUCCCUGGUUCUUAUCGGAAAUUAAUUGUUGUCCCGGAAAACGUUAAAUACGAAUUUCAUGAAUAUUCAAACCCUGAUAUACCUCUAGUGAAGUCUGAUCUUCAGUUACUAAAUGGUACAAUUACAAGUAGUAUUUUAACUCCUGCUUCACAAAAUGAGACACAAAAUAAUGAUAUCUGCUUAGAUAAAGGUAAUUAAACCAAAUUUCUUUCAAUACUUUCAUUCGUAUGCAUUUUAUCAAUAUCUCAUGUUAUAUGAAAUGCCUUUGACUUCCGUCAUACUUCGUAGGUUGUUCAAAACUUACUUACUUUACUUACCUACACACUUACUUUAAAAAGGGUUCACGUCGUUCCUGUAACAACUAUCGGCGGAUAAGUCUACUUCCGAUUGCGUCCAAACUAUUGGCUUCCGCCAUACUUCGCAGGUUGUUCAAAACCCGAGAAAGAUUGACUCGAGAGGAGCACGCUGAUUUUCAUUCCGAUCGAGGAUGUAUUGAUCAUAUCUUCACGCUCCACCAAAUGUUAGAACACCGCCAUACUUAUCAAAGGCCAACAAUCGUAGUGUUUCUUGACAUCAGGGCUGCCUUCGAUUCGUUGGAUAGGACUGUUCUCUAGGAUUGUCUAUUGAAGAAGAGUGUGCCUGAGAAGUUUAUUAACAUCCUAAAAGCCCUAUAUACAAACACCUCAGGCAGAGUGAGGGCAUACAACCACCUCUCUCCAUUGUUCCAUUCAAGCAGUGAGGUUGGACAGGUUUGCCCAAUCUCACCAUUCCUCUUCAACUUUGCCAUCGAUGACAUUCUGGAAACAGCUCUGAUGAAUGUAAGUAAUGGUGGUUUGGAUCUGUUGUCUGGAGAAAGACUUGUCGGCCUUGAAUAUACGGAUGAUAUUGUUUUACUGUGCGAUAAUGCCCAAGCUAUGCAAUCCGCACUUAAUCAGUUGGCAAUCGAUGACCGUAGGUACGGUAUGUGCUUUGCACCUUCGAAGUGCAAAGUACUUCUACAAGACUGGAAGGAUUCUAAUCCUGCGGUUGGUGUCACCAUCUUGAAACAUCGACUUCGGUGGCUUGGACAUGUUCUCCGAGUGUCGUCCCAGAGAAUUCCACGUCGUGCAUUAUUUGCCGAGGCUGGGACUGGUUGGAAAAAGCGGAGAGGUAGUCAGUGUAUGACAUGGUGUCGUGGUGUGAAAGAAAGCUGCAAAUGUCUUGCUUCUGUCGGCCCUUCACGCCCCCCUGGUUGGGGUCCUAGAGAUGAUGCAACACAGUGGCUAGAGACAUUAACAGAUAUGGCUCAGGAUAGAAACCAGUGGCGAUCCUGCUGUAACCUUCUUUUACUUUCUUCAUAAAAAGUGGUUGUAUCUCCCUUAACGGGAAGAUUUCUUUUGGUUGUAUCUUACCGUUUCGCUCAUUAUUAUUAUUAUCACACUACCUUAUACUAAUCUGUCCGUUAUUGUUCUUUUUUUAUUUUACGCUCCUUACCUUCUUUUUUCUUUCGUCCCAUUCUCAUUGUUUUGUGUGGCGUAUAUAUAUAUUUGGCGCCCUCUCGUACCAAUAUUUGUGUGUUCAAAUAAAUAAAUAAAUAAUGAAAUGUACGCUUAAAAAUGUAAAAGAUAGUAUGUCUAUGCCGACAUAUUUAUUUCACUGUUAAUCUUCAGUCAUAUUGUGCGUAACUGUAUCAACAGUGCAUUUUGUGCGGCCCCAACUUCUGAUUUAAAGGUGUUUACUAACGAAGUAUUUCGUAGAUGAACAAAAACGAAAAUUACAAAUAAUUGAUAUGCGGGUUGUGUCGUACUUAUCCAGUUUAUUUCCACUCUUAACUGGAUGUUUAAAACACAGUAUUACAUCUGUAACUGAUUUACGCUUACACAACUUUCAUGGUUUCGAAUCUUACUUCUCCCAUUGGGUUUUAGACACCAAAGUGGUGGCACCAUUAGCCCUCAUUCAAUAGAUAUCGCUCAUCUCAAGAUUCAUUCGCAGACUGUAUAAUGCUACAUUUCAGGUAGUUGAGAAUUUGUGUAUUAUUUCUCUUAAUAGCUAGUUAUUACGCUAUUAAAGAAUUAAACUAUUCAGCGUGAGAUAGAUCUUACAAUGAAAUAUCCCUUAUGUUUACUAUUCGCUAUUAAUGUGCUUGUUAAGCAACUAGUUUUUAGUAAGAUUAUCCAAAUAAAUUUAAAAGAGAGGUUUCUUGUCAUCAAAUGUGCAGUAUCACAAAAUAAACAAUGUGUCUCAGCUUGAUAAUGCUCCACAUUAUUCUUUAGAUUUACCAUUAUCCAUUUAGGAAACCCGUGAAAAUGCGCAUGAUUUACCGUUGGGCUGCAAAUUCCAGAAAUCUGUUUCAUAUCCUAGUUAGCAACGAAUAUCUAAAAACCUGGAGUUAGGCCGUCUACUUAUUCAUAACUUACUCGCGCUUAACAUAAGUUGAUCCAUUCUCGAAGCAACAUCUAAGGACGAUGGCAAUUCUUGUAAAAAUGUCUCUUAAAGGUGUGUGCAGGUUAUUAUUAAUAACGUUUCUGUAGACAUUUUAUGUUAAUUUUAUAUCUACGUAUAAGAAGUGAUGUUCUCACUGUAUUCAUGAAAUCCUAUUUAUUUUAGAUGGAAAACAGCAGGCUAUCGUCUUAACGUUCAAUUUACCGAAAUCCAGUUACGCUACAAUGGCAAUACGCGAAUUAACGAAAACUGUUAUAGAGAAGAAAUAGCAUUUUAUGAAUAUUCCUUUCUGAAACUUGGUUACCUAAACCGCACCCCGUUAAAUGUGUACUUUCCCUUAUUGUUAACAGUUCUCAAUUAAUAUGAUCUAUAUAUAUUCUACUUGGGACAAUUAUCCAAACAGAAUUUACCACUUUGAGUCAAUUAAAAACAAGGAAAAUUAAUCAGACAUAAGUUAUUAUUCUAUUGAAGAAGAGUAGGAAUUUUUUAUGACAUUGUUUUUUAUCUGUGUCUUAUUAAGAAUUACGUAGUCCUUCGCCUACUGGCCUGAAAACCCAAGACAUGAAAGUAAUGAUGAAAGCUCACAAGUUGAGUGUCGUGUCGGCGAAACUCUCCAUCUACUAAAUGCGUGAUAUACUAAUAACUCUCCUGUUUGCACACUAGCUUUGUACUAAUUAUGAAACUGUUUAUGAUAAGUCAGCAACAACAUGUGGGAGAGAACAAAACUUCCAACUGAAUAGAAAAUUAGGCAAAGACGCUGGAGGUGGGUAGGACAUACAUAAACUGCAUCACGAUACAAGAGAAACGGAAGAGAAAAAGGCCGAAGAGCACUACGUCGGGAAUUGGAAGCAGGCACCAAAAGGAUGAAUAGCCCAAAACAGAGUUCGAUGGAGAAUACUGAUGGGCGUAUUAUGUUCCUACACGAGGGGUAACAAGCGUAAGUUAUGAAAAUCGGUAGUUAAUUUCUGAAGGGAAUUUGUGGUGCGAAAUACAAGCUUAUCUUUUUGGUAGUGAUACUUCGUUGAAUCAACCUUUACUGUUAUGUAGGUACUGCGUUAAUAGUUAAACGAUGCAGCUCAGAAAGCACAGUCUGCGAAUCAGAAAUAUGUUUUAGUUUCAUCAUCACCUUACAAUUAUCACCAAGAAUUUUGUAAAACCGUCAAAUUUAUUUCACCUUGCGCCAAAUUGUUUUUGACUAAUGAGUGCGUCCCAAUUAAUUUGCACCUUACAACACACGGUGUAUGAAAUUUUAAAUACUUUUGGCUCACAUUUGGCCUAUUCGGUGAUUUAUUAUAGCCAGGACAACCAUAUGUACAAGCGCUUAUAAAAGAAUAAAUAUUUUAUCAAAAUUUAAUUUGGUAUAAACAACUAUACAGUGUUUCAUCCAUUCAGGUUUAAAAGCACUUGAUAUCUGUUUAGUACACUAACAUGUUAUUCUUCCAGAUCGAGGUUUACCCGACGUAUGGAGGCCUUUAAUUCGUCCAUUUGAAAUUCUUUGAUAUCCGCUAUUGACUAGUGCUUCUUUAUAACUUCCUUUUGUGAAACCACUAGGAUCACGACGAAACGCUGAAUCAGCUAGAAUAUCUAAUCUUCCAUCUGUUUCACCUAAAAGACAUUGUGAUAUUUCUGAAUUUUGUGCCCAGACGUUGGUUCCAUCCGUUCCAGUCUGUUUUCUUUUCAUUUUUAGAACUAGGCAUUUGUACCGAACAGCCAAAAUUAUUGUACUUGUAAGGAAAAGGACGACGAUUAGCCCAGAACAUACUACAUGAAUAAGAAAUUUAAAUGUAAAACACGAACCAUGAUGAUUGAACUACUGUUGUAAAAAAUUUACGUAUUAGAGUUCAUAGCAAAGAUCUAACAUUCA